AGCGAAAUUGCUAGAACUUUGGGAAUUUCGGAAAGGACAUUGCGUAGAAGGCGCCAUGAACUUGGUAUGUCUGUAGAAGGAAGGGUGUUCUCCAAUCUUUCUGACAAUGAAUUAGAUGAUUAUGUUCGUCAAAUACUAACGGUGACACCUGGUGCAGGCCUGAGGAUGGUCCAAGGAGCAUUAAAGCAACGCAGUCUAGAAGUACAGAGGGAUCGUGUUCUCCAGUCACUACGCAGGGUUGACCCUGUGACAACUUCAUUGCGAAAUGGUAGACAGAUUAUUAGAAGAACGUACAAUGUUCCAGGCCCCAAUGCACUAUGGUAAGUAAGCUUUAGAUGUAUGGAUAAGCACUUUUAAUUCCACAUCAACACCUGUCCAUUUGAAGAAACUGUUGGUAGGUCCUCUGUUAUAUAUAUUAAUAGAGUGGGGUGGGGUUGAAAUCAACUAUCUGGUACCUUUUAGGGUGGGUUAAUUGGUACUUCGUUCCUUCAUUAGUGAUUAAGAACAGGUGAAAAAGGUCUGGAUUGAGAAGACUUCCUGCCUCACACUCUUGAAAAUAUGUGAAAUUUUACAUUAUGGACUGAUCAGUAAGCCAUUUGCACGAUGGCGUCAUUUUACUACUAUGACCAGAAUGCGUUUCAUUUUUCCUUUCAUAUUUAAAUUUUGUAAUCCCAGUGAUGUUUACAAAACAAAAGCCUUUAUUUGCACAAGAAAGCAAAACCCUGAAGGAUUCUGGUCGUAGUAGUAAAAUGAUGUGAUAGUGCAAAUGGCCUAUUCUUACAUCACAGAGGGAGGCUGUGUUUUUAGAGGGGGUACAUUUUCCAAACAUUAGAUGACUUGAGGGAUAUUAUUAUUGGGGGACAUUUUGCGAUCCUGAGAAUUUGGAAAAAAAAUACCCCCCAUUUCUGAUCGGAGUCCAACCUGGUAGGUCCAUCCCCCUUGAGCAAAAUAUUAUCUAGUAUGGCCCGUCUACUGAUAUGUAUUUUCAUAUGUUCAUUUUUUAUUUCAAGCCUAUAAAUUAACUGAUAUUGUAUAGAAAUCGGUUUAGACUAUGAGCUAUAGAGCAUCACAAAUUUGCUCUUCUUCAUUAAUAUUUAAAACAGUUUCUGGGAGCAUCCUUAAGAGGGAGAUAAAUUAUUCCCUCUUGCGUUCAUUAUUUCAUUGCAGGCACAUAGACAGAAAUCACAAAUUGAUAGAACCGUACCGAAUAGUUAUACAUGGUGGCAUAGAUGGCUUCUCCAGAUUGGCCGUUUAUCUAAAUGCAUCAACAAACAACAGAGCCACAACUGUUUUUGGCUGCUUCCAGGAAGCUAUUCAACAGUAUAACCUUCCUUCUAGGGUACGUUGUGAUCUUGGAUUUGAAAACCUGGAAGUUGGCAGAUACAUGCUGGAACAACGAGGGCUUAACAGAGGUAGUAUAAUUACUGGUACAUCAGUCCAUAACCAAAGAAUAGAGAGACUAUGGAGGGAUGUCAACCGCAUUAUAGUUUCACGUUUUCUCAACAUAUUUUUAUUUUUGGAAGGCGAAGGAGUUUUAGAUCCACACAAUGAGGUGCAUCUAUUUGCCCUCCACAUAGUUUAUAUUGAUCUUAUCGAUGCUGCACUUAGAGAAUUUGUUGGGCAGUGGAACAAUCACCCAGUCACUACUGAAAGUAAUCUUUCUCCACAACAGUUAUGGAUAAGAGGUAUGGUAUUACUGCAAAACUCUGGUUACAGUGCUGUGGAAUCUGUCGUGCAAGAUAUCUCAAAUUAUGGCAUUGAUGUGGAUGGCCCAGUCCCUGAAGAUGAUUCAAGAUUGGUAAAUGUACCAGUUACAUCCAUAAAUGUGGAUGAUGUGCAGCUUGCCAACAUCAAAAAUGUUGUGAAGUUAUCUCUUGAAAAUGGAGAUGAAAAUGGAUUUCAUUCGUUUGUUCUGACUUUGGACCUUUUGUCUGCUGCAGUUUAUUGA